AUGCGCAGGCCAAACUAUACAUCUCAUUUGUUUGGAUAUGUGUUGCAAACUGAACUUCCCAGGGGAUGGAUAGUCCCAAAACUCACAAAAUUCUCUGAUGAUACCAGCGAAUCUACUAUCGAACAUAUAGUCAGGUAUUUGACUAAGGCUGAGGACAUUGCUAACAAUGAGAAUUUGAGGAUAAGAUAUUUCCCUAGUUCCCUCAUGAAAAAUGCUUUCACUUGGUUCACCACACUCCCAAUGAACUCCAUCUAUGAUUGGACUCGUUUGGAAAGAUUGUUCCAUGAACAUUUUUAUAUGGGACCGUCUAAUAUCAGUUUAAAGGAAUUGUCUAGUGGUUUAGAUUAUUCCAUUAGGAAGAAGCUAAACACCCAAUAUUUAAGAGACAUGGCCCAAUUAGCAGACCGAGUUCGACAGGUAGAACGUUUAAAACUUGAAAAGGCUAGAGCAAGUAAGAACAACAGAAGGGAAAAGGUAGCGUACGUCGAAAUGGAUGAGGAUACUCAGGAGAUAUAUAGUGAUCCUAUAAGUUUUGAUGAAAGCGAAAUCAAUUUGGACGAGUUGAAACAAGGGUCACCUUACUCUUGCAAGGUUCUUGCACCUUCGAACGGGAAAAACCCCGUCGAAACAGAAAAGAAUGAUAAGUUCCCUAAGAGAACAUACACCUUCAACGUGACGAAGUGUGAUGAGAUCUUUGAUUUUCUAGUCAAAGAUGGCCAAAUGAUAGUGUCACUUGGUGUUAAAAUACCACCGUUAGAACAACAGAAAAAACGAGGGUUUUGCAAAUAUCACAAUUUUUUAGGCCACAAAACCUCACAAUGUUUUCUUUUCAUGGAUCUUGUACAGAAUGCUAUUAAGGACAAAAGCUUGAAGUUUGGUGAAAAGGGAAAGUCUUAG